AUGGCAAAGCCAAAAGAAGAUUUUUCUGUGAAGGAGACCUCGCCGAACAUCAGCGCCACGAAGGACACAAUGGGUCCCGCAAGGGCCUCCGAUCUGACAGAACAAAUGCACUUCUUGUUCGUGAAGAUCGUCAAAGCCAGGUAUCUGAUAGGCCUUGCUGACCCUUACGUUGAACUGAUGCUCGGCAACUACAAGGCCACCACUAAAUUCCUUGAGAAGAAGUCAAACCCUGAAUGGGAUCAAGUCUUUGCUUUUAAGAAAGAACGGAUUCAGGCUUCUGAAUUUGAGAUUGUAGUGAAGAACAGGGCUGACUUGUCCACUGAAAUCAUUGGUAAACUUUCCUUCACUAUUUCCGAGGCCCCUUUGCGUGUUCCACCCGACAGUCCAUUGGCGCCACAAUGGUAUCGAUUGGAGGACAAGAACAAGGUGAAGGUGAAGGCCGAGCUGAUGUUAUCUGUUUGGAUGGGGACUCAGACGGACGAGGCUUUUUCCAGUGCUUGGCAUUCGGAUUCGGCAGCUGUUGGUGGUGAUGGUAUUGUUCAUACGCGUUCCGAGCAAUAUUAUUCACCUAAGCUUUGGUAUCUUAGAGUUAAUGUGAUUGACGCGCAGGAUUUGGUACUUAGAGAUAAGAAUAGGGAAAUAUUUGUGAAGGCUACACUUGGGAAUUUGGUUUUUAAAACUAAGACGAUAUCACCAAAGAAUUAUGACAAGCACCCUACGUGGAAUGAGGAUAUCAUGUUUGUUGCAGCAGAACCUUUUGAUGAUGAUUUGGUUUUGAGUGUGGAGGAUAAGCUGCAGCCUAAUAGGGAGGAAAGUGUGUGUUUGGGGAGGUGUGUAAUUCCUUUGCUUGAUGUUGAGAAGAGGCUGGACAAUACUCCUGCCUCUAAUCAGUUUUAUAAUCUUGAAAGGCCUGGAGGAGGUGAAGAUCAAAAUCAGGUGAAGUUUGCUAGUAAGCUUAACAUGAGAAUUUCUUUGGAUGGUGGGUAUCAUGUUCUUGAUGAAUCCACACACUACAGCAGCGAUCUCAGGCCAACUGAGAAGCUAUUGUGGAGACCUGUCAUUGGAGUUUUUCAUCUGGGAAUCUUGAAUGCUACUGGGUUGCCGGCAAUGAAGCCGAAAGAGAAUAGAACAGAUGCUUAUUGUGUGGCUAAAUAUGGAUCAAGGUGGGAGAGGACAAGAACAAUAGUUGAUAGUUUUACUCCACAAUGGAACGAACAGUAUAGUUGGGAUGUUCAUGAUCUGUGUACUGUGCUUGUAAUUGGAGUUUUUGAUAAUGGUCAUGUACAAGUAGGAGAUUCACCAGCUCAAAGGGUAUUUUUACAUCAAAGAAUUGGGAAGGUGAGGAUUCGGCUAUCCACCCUUGCAACUAAUCGGAUCUACACACUUUCUUAUCCACUUUUAGUCUUACAACCUCGUGGGGCAAUGAAGAUGGGAGAGAUUCAAUUGGCUUUCAGGUUUUCUUGUUCGUCUUAUGUUAAUAUGCUACAUAGUUAUUCCAAACCGUUGCUUCCUAACAUGCACUACCUUAGCCCUCUGUCUGUGUUUCAGAUAGACAGUUUGAGGCACCAAGCUGCCUAUUUGAUUUCUUCGAGGUUGACUCGAGCCGAGCCGCCGCUAAUGAAGGAGGUUGUUGAGUAUAUGCUUGAUGUUGGAUCACAAAUGUGGAGCAUACGGAAAGGCAAAGCCAAUUAUGAUAGAGUCACUGAUCUUUUGAAUGGUUUUGUAGCUGUUAUCAAAGGGUUUGAGCAGAUACGCAAUUGGAGAAAUACUGGUGUAACCGUUAUGGUUCACAUCUUAUUCUGGCUUGUGGUUUUCUUUGACGAAUUGAUAUUUCCGAUAAUGUUUGUUUUGCUAUUCUUGGCUGGGAUUUGGCGGCACAGAAAGAGGCCAAGAAAUCCUCCUCACUUGGAUACCAAGUUGUCUCGUGCUGACACAACAAAUGAGGAAGAAUUGGAUGAAGAAUUUGAUACAUUUCCAUCGAAGAAGACGGGUGAAGUUGUUAGAAGGAGAUAUGAUCGAUUGAGAAGCAUUGGUGGGAGGAUGCAGACGGUGCUUGGUGACUUGGCAACUCAAGGGGAGAGGGCUCAGUCACUGCUUAGCUGGCAGGAUCCGAGAGCCACAGCUAUCUUUGUAUGUUUCAGUUUGAUUGCUGCGAUUCUCACAUAUAUCAUUCCUAACAGAUUUAUGAUUUUUCUUGCGGGGAUUUAUGUGCUAAGGCAUCCAAGAUUCCGUAUUGAUCUUCCUUCGGUGCCCCAUAACUUCUUUAGAAGGCUGCCUGCAAAAACAGAUAGCAUGUUUUGA